GUGUCAUUCAAUCAGGAUCUCCUCCUACAUCUCCCGUCCUUUCUUCACUACAUUCACUUCCGCUCAACUCUUUGUACAACUCUGUACACAACUUCCAUCCACUCCCGGCACGCGUUGAUUGUCUGAGAUCUAUCUCUCCGCUCCAUCGUACAUGACCCGACUCGCUUCCGCCCGUCCCUUCUCUUCGCCUCUCUCCGUACUUUGUGUUCCCUUUCUCAUCUGCAGUUACCCGUGGGCAAGCAGCAGGCCAGCAUCAGCAGCAUCAAUCAAAUCACUUUCACAGCUGAAGAUCCCGUGAGAAGAGCAAGCUGUCAGAUACGUAAACGCCCCAGAAUAGCAGGAAACCAGAACCCAGGAACCAGGAACCAGGAACCCAGGAAACGAAGCACAACCAGGCCAGACAAUUUGGGGUCCUUUUCGUCCCCGGCUCUGCCGCCUUCUUUUUUUUACUUCAAGCACCCUCCAGGAGCACAACAUCUUUCCCCCGCGUAACAUGAGCCUGACAGUCUCCAAUCGAUUCGUCGGGCAUCAGAAUUCUCUCGGGGGAGGUGAUUUCCAUCCGUUUCCCUCGCCACAUCAUGGGUCUCUCAUGUAUAGCCCACAAUGGCCACCAACACGCCCGGCUGCCGUUCAGGCCCAGCCACAAGAACGAGAGCCGCCUGGAGUUGCUGCUUCUUUGAUACCAUCGCACAACAGCGGCGGCGGCGGCGGCAGUGGCAUUAGCAGCAGCAGCCGCCAAGGCACGGGACCUCCCCGCUUUGGUAGAGCACCGGAUGUCACUGGUGGUCCGGCCUCUGCGGCCAUCACGCGAGGAGGUGCAGCAAGCGCCGGCCCCGGCGGCGGCAACGGCGGCGGCAACGGCGGCGGGGAUAUUCACAGCAGCCAAGUCGGUGCCAACGACGGCACAUAUCCCGCACCAGCAGCUCAACAGCAGGCUGCUCCGGGUCCGCCUGCCGGGAUCAUCAACCCGUUCGACCUCUCUGCUGCUGAGCCCUCGCAGCCACGUCACGUUCUCGUUCGCGUAGACGGUGACACAGGAUUUUACCUCGGCAACGCCGUGGGCCGUCCGGCGCCACAGGAGUUUUCUUUGCCGACGGAGGUAGACGGAUCGCGGUCCGUGGCCAAUGGGGACCAGAUCCAGACCGGAUGGAGUAUCGACUACUACGGCCUCUCGCGCAGCCGCCACGAGUACGGCAACGGCAUCGGGUGGCGGUGUCAGGAAUCAGAGGCCGUGGCGGACGCGCAGGGGAACUUUGGGUGGCCGAGGAAGUACGUGUGUUCCAUGUGUUGUCUGCGAUGGAACGCCAUGCCUCUGCCCGCCAAGGUGAUUCGGGGCGAUGUCAGUCAAAAGGACCGGAUUGAACUAAGGAUACCAAAUCCGGCAGAUGCACGGAGGGAUCCCGGAUUCUCUCGGCCGGGAUGCUCAGAGUUACACUACUACCUCGAUCAUGAAGGACCUGGAAACGAGCCGUGCGUCCGGGGCCUUUGUCAAAAGUGCCGGCCGGUGUCUUUCCUGCCGGACUCGCAGCCGACGACCCACUGUUGCCCGCCCCCGGUGGCCGAGCCGGGCUACCUCAAGGAGAUUUACCGGUGCAUCAUGGACAACUGCCCGUUCCUUACGGACACCCGGCGAGAGAUGAAGGCCCAUCUCCAUUCUCCAAGAAAGAACGGACACAAAUCCUACUUGACAUCUCUAGCAGCUCGCAUCGAGCACGGCCAACCCCUUAGCGCAAUCGACAAGGAAAUCGCCUCCCGCCUGAUGCUCAUGUUCAACGACCGGGACGCCCGCGGGCAGAAAUCCAUCUCCCAGCCCAUCAACACCGUCCUCGGGCCAGAGGACGUCAGCAGCCCGGCCAUCCUGCGCGAGCACACGCAGUGGAUGUCGUAUCUAGGUCUUCACACGCCCGAGCUGCACCGACGGGACUUCUGGGAUCCGCGGACGGGCGGGUGGUACUAUCGCGAGUACAACAUGGACGACGACUUUGAGGACGCGUGCGAGAAUGUGAGGAUUAUCUCGCAUGCUACGGGGAGGCCGGUGAAGCCGUCAGAUUUCCUAUGGCGCUGAGAUGAGAUUUCGCUUCAUCGGCUUUUGGAGAAAAUCACCAUUGUAUCUCUAUUCGAAAACGGCGUUGGCUCAAACAACAUACACGACUUGAGAAGGGGACGAGGAGGGGGAAAAGAGGAGGGGCGUAUCACGACUUGAUGCUUAGCUAUGACCAACAACAGAAAACAGACACCAGACGACAGGACUUUCAGCCCAGCAAGGGCUUCGCAACUUGCUAUUUAGACGACGGAACGGACGGAGCACACCCAAGGCUGUUAGGCCGCAGCGAAAGGGGUGCGUGUUAUCAUGGACUUUGAUGGCGUAUUAUCUUCUUCUUCACAUUACCGGCUUCAUGAAAGGGGAAAAGGGCAUUUCGUUUUUGAAAUUAUGAGGUGUUCGGAAAGAGCUACUAGGCUCUCUGUCUUUUUCUCUUGGCUCUCACGGCGAGAGAGAGGGGGCUCCGGCGUUUUGAAGUAUUCUGCGGAGGCAUCUUUUAUUUUUCGACGGGGAGACUUUUGGAAAUACCCUUCAUGAGCAUUAUGACGGAGCGGGG